GAUUUUCUACUUUGAACCCACUUUAUUCCAUUUUUUAAUUUUUUUUCUUCUCAGUUCCCCUUUCUCUGUCCUCACCAAUUGAUGAUCACCUUCUCUGCCAAAUCCGCCAUCCUCGGUAAAAAAGACAGAAACUUGAUACCAACCCAUCUCAACAUUCGCUCUCUAUUUGCCAAUUGUCUCAUUAUUCCUCCUCCCAAAAAUAUGCCAUCUCACACUCUUCCCAUUACCAAUCUUCAAUUACCAUUAUCUCAUUCUUCUUCAAUGUUGCUUAAACACGACGAUGAUGAAGAUGACCCAUCAACGACUCUCUUACUCUCUUCUUCAUUCAAUGAAAAUAACAAUAACAAAAUCAGGCCUGUUAAGCCUAUUCUAUCAAGGGCUUCAAGCUUCAGCUCCACAAUCAACAACACCAAUAACUCUAUUGCUGGUGGUGUUGCUUCUUUCUAUCAGAAAAGGCGUAGGCGUGUUGCUAGUGAUGAUUCACUUUCUUCUGUUUCCAAUGCUACUUCCAGUAGAUCUUCAUUUGGUCGUGAUGUUAGACAUGUUGCUUCUGAAACUUUUCUCUUGACUCGCCUUGGAUUGAAGAUGUUGACUUACCUUGGGGUAGGCUAUAAAUGGAUUACAAGAUUUCUUGCCCUCGGUUGUUAUGCGUUACUGCUUUUACCAGGCUUUAUUCAAGUUGGAUAUCAGUAUUACUUCUCUAGUCAAAUACGCAGAAGUAUAGUUUACGGUGAUAAACCACGAAAUAGGCUUGACUUGUAUUUGCCUAAAAAUUGCGACGAGCCAAAACCAGUUGUUGCUUUCAUUACUGGUGGAGCCUGGAUUAUUGGUUACAAAGCAUGGGGUUCUCUUUUAGGUCAACAGCUUUCGGAGAGAGAUAUCAUUGUGGCAUGCAUAGAUUACAGAAAUUUUCCUCAGGCAACCAUCAGUGAUAUGAUAGCCGAUGCUUCCGAAGGUAUCUCAUUUGUGUGCAACAAUAUUGCAGAAUAUGGAGGUGACCCUAACAGAAUUUACCUAAUGGGGCAGUCAGCCGGGGCACAUAUUGCAGCAUGUACAAUCGUGGAGCAUGCAAUCAAAGAGGCCGGUGAAGGAGAGAGUACUUCUUGGAGUCUUUCUCAGAUUAAGGCUUAUUUUGGUUUAUCUGGAGGGUAUAAUUUGUUUAACCUAAUAGAUCACUUUCACAGUAGAGGCCUCUAUCGUUCCAUCUUUUUAAGCAUAAUGGAAGGGGAGGAAUCAUUACGGCGAUUUUCUCCUGAAGUAAUGGUUCAAGAUCCAAACUUUGGAAAUGCUGUUUCUCUACUACCUCCUAUAGUUCUUUUUCACGGCACCGGAGAUUAUUCCAUACCGUCAGAUGCCAGCACAUCAUUUGCUGAGACUCUUAAAAGAGUUGGAGUUAAAGCUGAAGCAAUUUUAUAUGAAGGGAAGACUCAUACAGAUGUGUUCCUACAGGAUCCUAUGAGGGGUGGAAAAGACGAUAUGUUUGAUGAUUUAGUAGCAUAUAUCCAUGCCGAUGAUGCCGAGGCUCUUUCCAGAGACGGAACAGCCCCUCUAAGGAGGCGCCUUGUACCCGAAUUCAUGAUAAAAUUGGCUCGUACUGUCAGUCCUUUCUAGCCAACAAACCGAAUCAAUUAACAAUCAUAUAUAGUUGAUUUUAUUCUUUUUUGCUUUGUAAAUAACCAUUAUGGCCUGCUAGAUUAUUUAUCAACUUGAUAGGUUUAGAAGACUCUCCACUACUAGAACCAAAAUCUUCGGUUAUUGCGAAAACUUGUGUCUGAUCUCUGAAGACCUAUUAUUAUUUAUGGAAGCACCGAUGUCGAUGCUAUUUGUAAUAUUGACCAUAGGAUCAUACUGGUUAGCUUUAGUUAAUGAAAAGUUGUUACAAUUUUGGUUUAGAAAUCUUAUGUAAUGUAAGACUGUAACACUUAGCUCAUGUAUUUUAAGUUCAUUAUGUUCUACUUUGUUUCCAUUGUUAAAAUUAGCCAAGAAUAUUGCAAACAGUGAUAUUUGAUUCCGCUUGAUUAUAUCUAUUACAUGAAUUGAUUCCUGAGUA